UUUAAACUCUGAGGCUUGGGGCUCAGACUGGCAAGUCUUAAACUCUGAAUCUCUUUAUCAAGGACCAUCCAUUUAUACAAAACACACACUCUGAUGGCGGUGUUGAAAGAUGAAUGGGGAGGUUAUACUAUUCAGCUAGACGAAGAGAAGGAAGGCAACCAUGAAGCAUCUGUGGAUUAUAUCUUUCAGAGGAUUGGAGAAUCUGUACCCAUAAAGCUACAGAACACCAAUUUUGAUACUGAAUGUCCUCCAACAAGACCUUUGGUCGUCUCUGAACAAUUUGGAGCCAUAUUCGUUGCACACAACGAAGGGUUCUGUGUUGCAAAGACAAGGGAUGUUAUCGAGGCAGCAAAGGAAAUAAAGGAGAAAAAUAGAGGUUCAUGUAUCCAAGACCUUAGUAUUGUAGAUGUUCCAAUUGGUAAGGCUUACAUUUUGGCAUUGUCUACGGAUUUUUCAACGCUUGCUGUCACUGUUGGUGGAGUGGUUCAUUUAUUCUCGGUUGAUUCUCUUCUUAACAAGGUAAAUGUUGUCUACUGUGUAGCUUUAUAACUAAUGAGUAUCUAGUUCAACCCUUACU